AUGAGGUACUAUCUUCACGAUCUAUUCACCCAAACUAGGGACACAGACCCUGAUCUCAGGUUUAUGGCAUUAAAUGACUUGGAGAAGGAAUUGGAAAGUCCUGAAUCAAAAUAUACUUCUGAAGAUAAGAAUCAGUUUGCUGAUUGUUUGCUCAGAUGUCUUGACGAUGAAUUUGCGGAAGUUCGAAGUCAAGCUUUGAAAUGCUUUGAAUCUCUAUCUCCAAGAUUAAGUGGUUAUGUGGUUUCCAUUUUGAAUAAGUUGUCCUCCAAAAAGCCCAAUCAGAUUUCAAUUACAUCAUCAAUAUACACUAUGGCAAUUCACAACAUAUUGAAAAAUCUUACUCCUGAUGAUUCAGUUGGAAGAAGUAUAGUCAAAGGCACUUUGGAUAUUAUUUUGCAAGAUCAAGAUAUUUUUUGCAAUGCUAUUGAUUACAUUGAAAUUUUAACCGACAUUUUGGAGUAUUUGGGUAAGUAUUUUACUAGUCAGCAAUUGUCAAAGAGUUCUACGAUGCUAGUUUAUGCUUCAUUCCAUGCUGAUGCAAUUAUUGCAAAGAAAUCUGUUUCUGCUUUAGCAAUACUUUCAAGAGGAUUGAUGUCAUCAUCCAUCUUGGAUUUGAUAUUGAAUCUCGCUUUGGAACAAGUGCAAUCAUCUGAUGAAAUUAAGUAUGAGGCUGUUUAUCUUUCCAUUUCUGCCGCCUUGAUAAAAUCAAAUCCGGCCGUAAUAAUGGACAUUUAUUCAAAGAUCAAACCUUAUAUAAUGAACGCUUUAAGGUUGGACACAUUAAACAAACCGGAUGAUGACUUCGAUGUUCAACAAGAUAUUGACAUAAUUAGAUCUGAAGCAUUUACAUGUUUGUAUACCACUUUUGCCAACGUUUCUUCUAAAAUUACAUCACAAUAUUCGGAUGAAGUAUUAAAUGCGUGUCGAUUAUUUUUGACAUAUGAUCCGUAUUCGGAAAAUAGUUCUGAGUGGGAUAACGAUGUUAUUAGUGAUAAUAACGCAGAGGAGGAAACCGAUAAUGAAUAUGUUGAAUAUACAUCAGAAGAAGAACAGUACGAGCAGGAAGAAGAGUGUGAUGAAUAUGGUAGUAGUAAUUCAUGGAUGCUCAGAAAGGAUGCUGCUGCACUAAUUAAGAUUAUUAUCCAGAAACUUCCCACAAAGCUUCCUUCUGUUUAUCGAUUUACCUUGAAGCAACUUACACUCGAGCUUUCUGAAUCCAAUAGCACAUCUUUGACUGAGAUCUUGAACUGCUUUGUAGAACUUUUCAAAGCUACAAACAAAAACGGUCCAUUUUACACUUUAAAAUCAAUGAAUUCUUUGAGACAAUCUGCAAUUGCAAGAAGAGGUUCUGACGUAAGCAUGAAAACUGAUGAUGAUCCUCGUACCGAAUUGGAAUUGAAUGCCGACAACUUGUGCAAGUUUUACGUUGGAAUAUUGACUCCUCGUCAUUCUGAAAAAUUAACUCUUCUAUACGAAUUUAUUACACAGCUAUCUUGUGCCGUCGAAGGACUAAAUAAAAAUUGGAUUCCUGAAAUUUUAACGGCUCUUAAUAAAUUAAGGAAUGGACCCCCAUCACCUGAAUUACUAAGGCUUUAUUCAACUUUGCUACUAUAUAAUUCUUUGAACAAUCUUGGUGCCGGCUUUGAAAUUAUGAUUGAAAAUAUACACGCAUCAGCAGAAUCAUCUAAUCAUGAGUUAAUAACCCAGGGGCUAUUUCUUCUUGACAAGAUAUUAUCUGAUUAUGUUACAAGAGAUAAGCCAUCAGGUAAUAUCCUUGCGGUUUUUGAAAAAUCAUUCGAUCAUUUGCUUAUUGACAAAACUCUGAAUAAAAAUUAUUCAACAGAGAUUAGAAAGCAGUGUCUUAGCUGCCUGUCGAAUCUGGUUAUAUAUGUUUUAGACGAAGACAAAGUACUUUUAAAGUCUCUUGAAGUCUUUUCGGAUACAAUUUCAUUGGAAUUUUUGAUUCUGACAGAUAUGAGAUGCAUCGCCGAAUUGGUCCAUUCGGAAAAGGUUGUCAAAUUGGUAAAGCAUGAGUGGACUGAAAGAAUCAUCAAUCGUCUUGUCGAAUACAUUACAACUUCUGAAUUUAGAACACAGUCUUUAAAAACAUUAUUGGCAAUGAUGGAAGCUAACAUUUUAAAUAUACCAGAAAAAAAGAAAUUAUCGGAAGAGCUGGCUGAUCUUUGCACAUCGUAUACAAUGGAGGCUAGCAAUUCUAUUUUGUGCGCCAAAAUUUUAGCUCAUAUAUUGAAUACUACUGACUGUUCGUUGUCGGAUACCUUUACAAGUCUUUUGGUCCGUUUUUCAAAAAUUAAUAACUUUGAUAAUGCCACAUUAACGCAAUAUGCAAGGGCGAUUUUAAAACAGACUGAGCCAAAAAAGAUGAUUGAUGCAAUCUCUAAAAGUGGAAGUCGUUCAGAUCCAUAUGUUUCAAGGUUAUUGGCAAUUGUCUAUGUGGCAUCCGGAGGCUUGGACUCCAUAGAUAACGUUGAAAAGAACCUUAGUUGCGGGAAGGAUAUUUUAUUUUCUUUGACGUUCUUAGAACAGGCCUCUAAAUCUAUGGAACUGCAUCCAGAUUUGACUAUGUUCUUUAAACUUUUUGGAGAUCCAGAUACUAAAAUAAGUGAGGCGGCCGUUCAUGCUACUGCCGAAAUUGUGAAGUCAAAUUUAGAAGGUUGCUUACCAUCUCUUGUUGAGAAUUUCACGGAUGAAAAGUAUGACCACGUUCAUAUGUUAAAUUGCUUGGGUGAAGUUUUGGAAUGCGCUCAACUCAAUGAUCGCACGAUAAAGUAUCUAUUUGAUACUCUGUUGAGUAUUGAAUCAACAAUGAAUUUAAAUUUUGGUAAGGAUGAAGAAGUUGAAUGUCAAGCUGCCUCUAAGUGUUUCGCAAAUUUGGCUUUAUCCAAUGAAGAAAUUGUGCGAAUGUUUUAUGACGAACUUAGUGGAGAGUCUUCUAUAAAAGUCAAAGUAUCCCUGACAUUGGCUUUGAAGUUAUGUCUAGAUAGGAGUACUUUUUUGGAGCACAAUGCUGCCCUUUUGGGAAAGUACCUUGAAGAGGCUACCUCCGAAAACUUUAUUUUUAGCUCAAAUCUAGAACUCAAGAAAAUCGGUUUGGCAACUUUGAUUACUGCCGUGUAUAAGAGACCUUCUGUUGGCCUACCUAUGGUCUCAAAGCUUCUUCCAAGGAUAUUGGAAAGUGAACUAACACAAAAGAAGGAGUACAUAAAGAUUGUCAAAAUAGGACCAUUUAAGCACAAACUUGAUGAUGGGUUAGAGAGCAGAAAGCAAAUUUAUGAGCUUAUCUAUUCAACCCUCACGGCUAUUGAGGGCAAUUUGAACUUGAAAAUUUUAUUUGAUGUUGAUUACGAUACCUUGUUCAUGAAAAUUGUCAAAUGUUCGUUUAAGGAUGAUCCAACAAUAAUAUUUUUGUGUUUGCUAAUCGUGCUAAAGAUCAUUGCUUUACAUCCAGAAAUCUUUUCAAGCCCAGAUCUCCUAGACUCGUUUAUUCAUGUAUGCAGCAAAAAGCUCUUUAAAAAGAAAAGGGCCGAAGCACCAAAGCAGGAUAUUGAGAAGAGGAAUGACACUAUUAAAGCCAUUUUGAGAUGCUGUAAGAAGAUUAAUACUUUGGUUGAAAAGGGGGACCUUCAACCGGAUGGUGAUGUAUUGGCAGAAUGGAGGUCAUUUUACUACAACACCAGAAAUGUUUACCCUAUCAUAGAUGCCGAUGGGCAGUGA